CCCCUCAAACACAAGCACACGCAAGAAGAGUACUCCAAGAAGAAACAGUCACGCGUAGACUGCUAGCUAGUCCACCCCGAAGUAACAUGGCAUCGACAUUGUCAUUCCCGAUCAUCGGCAUGGGACUGCUGAGCGGGGAGGAGCGGCCCGUGGCCAUGGACCUGCUGCAUGACGCUUGCGAGAAUUGGGGAUUCUUCCAGGUUUUGGACCACGGCAUCUCAACGGAGCUGAUGGACGAGGUGGAGACGAUGACCAAGGCGCACUACAAGAGGGUGCGCGAGCAGAGGUUCGUCGAGUUCGCGAGCAAGACGCUGCAGGAGGGCGGCGGCAAGGCGGCGGAGAACUUGGACUGGGAGAGCACCUUCUUCGUGCGCCACCUCCCAGAGCCCAACAUCGCCGAGAUUCCCGACCUCGACGACGACUACCGGCGCGUGAUGAAGCGGUUCGCGGCGGAGCUGGAGAAGCUGGCAGAGCGGCUGCUGGACCUGCUCUGCGAGAACCUCGGCCUGGAGAAAGGCUACCUCGCGAGGGCGUUCCGCGGCUCUCAGGGCGUACCCACCUUCGGCACCAAGGUCAGCAGCUACCCGCCGUGCCCGCGCCCCGACCUCGUCAAGGGCCUCCGCGCCCACACCGACGCCGGCGGCAUCAUCCUGCUCUUCCAGGACGACCGCGUCGGCGGCCUCCAGCUGCUCAAGGACGGCGAGUGGGUCGACGUGCCGCCCACGCGCCACUCCAUCGUCGUCAACCUCGGCGACCAGCUCGAGGUGAUCACCAACGGCAGGUACAAGAGCGUGCUCCACCGCGUGGUCGCGCAGACCGACGGCAACCGGAUGUCCAUCGCGUCCUUCUACAACCCGGCCAGCGACGCCGUCAUCUUCCCGGCGCCGGCGCUUGUUGCGAAGGAGGUGGAGGCCGGCGGGAGCGGGAAGUACCCGAGGUUCGUAUUCGAAGACUACAUGAAGCUGUACGUGCGCCACAAGUUCGAGGACAAGGAGCCCAGGUUCGAGGCGUUCAAGUCCAUGGAGAGCGAGAGCGCCAAGCUCAUCGCUAUUGCGUAAAGAACAAAUCCAAAAGACCAAAAGGGCGAGCAUGGCCUGCUCUUCUCGAUCUGAAUAAAGCUUAGCUAUGUCGUCUGAAUAUUGGAUUGUUAGCUAAUUGGCGUGGGGUGUGUAGUUCGUAUAUAUGGUCAUGUGUUUGUCACGAUCACUCUUUUUAUGUGUUUGUUUGCUAGCUAAUUGAUGUGUUCAUUUUGAU